CCAGCAUACGAAGAAAUGAAAAACAAACUGAAAACUACACCAAAAAACAAUCCCUUUAUCUUUUUCGAAGAGGUGCAAAAGUCACAUGUGGGUGAAAGACAUAACCUUCAAGAGUUCUCAAAGAA